AUGAAUAGAGCUGUGGUCAUUAUAGAGCUGUGGUCAUGUAUAGAGCUGUUGUCAUGUAUAGAGCUGUUGUCAUGGAUAGAGCUGUUGUCAUGGAUAGAGCUGUGGUCAUGUUUAGAGCUGUUGUCAUGUAUAGAGCUUUUGUCAUGUAUAAAGCUGUUGUCAUGUAUAGAGCUGUUGUCAUGUAUAGAGCUGUUGUUAUCGCUGUGCUCAUGGAUAGAGCUGUUGUCAUGUAUAGAGCUGUGCUCAUGGAUAGAGCUGUUGUCAUGGAUGGAGCUGUUGUCAUGGAUAGAGCUGUUGUUAUGGAUAAAGCUGUUGUCAUUUAUAGAGCAGUUGUCAUGGAUAGAGAUGUUGUCAUGGAUAGUGUGGUUGUCUUGGAUAGAGCUGUUGUCAUGGAUACAGCUGUUGUCAUGGAUAGAGUGGUUGUCAUGGAUAGAAGUGUGGAUAGUGUGA